GGUUGGAAUCCUCUGAGAAGGAUCAGGACCCUUUCAGGCUUAACUAGAAAAGAGGGCCCCAGUAACUCAGCCAGGCUCAUAGUUGAUUCCACCCACAAUUCUCUCCUGACAGCAGUCAAUCUCAGAAGGAAAUGAGUAGUGAGGAGAGCAGGUACUAGAGAUGGUGGGUGAGAUCCCAGGAAGGACUAGGUCAUCUGUGAUCACUAGAUUUCAAUAUGCCACCUAUCAUAACACACCAUUACUAAUAUUCUACCUACCCCAGAAGAAGGAAAACUGUUAGAAAUCUGGCUAUAACAUUAGCAACACUAAUCAGGACUCAAAGUGCAUUUAUUCCAUUUGUUUACUGACCAACUAUUAUGUGCCAUUUUAGCUGGCAGGGAUUUAAUGGUAAAUAAGACAGACAAAACAAGCAAAGUCAAAAAACAAAAAUAGGACUGAGGUGUGAAUUGGUGUUAGAGUGCUUUUCUAGCAUGCAUGAUGCCCUGGGUUCGAUGUCCAACACUACAAAUUUAAAACAAAAACAAAUAACCAACAAAAAGCAGCCAAAUAAGUAGAUAAAUGAAAUAAUUUCAAGUUUCAGUAAGCAUCAUGAAGGAAACAAGCAAGUCUGAAAUGUCUGGAUAAGGUGAUCAAGAAAGACUUUAUUGAGAAGGCAGCAUUUAAGAAGAAAUCAGCUGCAAAUAUUGUGAAACCCAGUUACAGUUCUGUUUGUUCUAUGAUGGGUAAAUAAAGCAUUUCCCCCCAAAGUUGAAACUACCGUGAGCUAAUUACUAGUAAUGGUAGUGCCCUUUGGAAGCGAGACACCUCCUCUUCCACCCUGUUACUUUCAGUUCUUCCCUGCCAGGCAACUUUUGCAAUGUUCUUUGCUGGCAGGCAUUGAGGCUGGGCAUGGGACUUGGACAUUUGGCAAUGAUGAAUCUUUAUUGCCCUCUAAAUCACUAAUCUAGGGAUAAAGCUGAGAAGGCUUGGAGUACCCAAGGAAAGCUCCUGCUAGAUCUUGAGAAAAGCUGUAGGUCUGAGUAUGUUGUGUGUAGACCUAUGUAAGUAUCAGUCUCUUCUAAUUGCCUUAGGGCUUUAGUUGAGUAUAACUUGACACUUUCUACACAAAGCUGUUACUUCCCUCAUCUCUCUUCCCCCACCAUAGAGAUAAAAUCAAUCAUGGGAAGGUGAUCCUCAAUCUACCUCCUUCCCUGACUUAUACAUACCAAGACUUUGGCCAGUAUGAUGGAGCCACUGCUGGAUAUCAAUGGCAGGGGCUAGUCUCUGCUGGAAAUUUGCUGAAGGGGGAUGGGGUAUACUGCCGGGAAGAGAGUCUUGGACUCAGAUAUCUGUCCAGACCCUGACCUUAUUUGCAGUGAUGUAAUCAGCCAAUAUUAGCAUAGUCCUGGGAGACAGCUCAUUUCCAGUAGGGUUGGGAGUGGGGGUGGAGCUGCUGCCAACUCUAUAUAAGGAGUUCAACCCAGAGCCCAGUGCUGUUCUGUGGCCUUUCCAGCUCAUCAUGAAUAGGGUACUAGGAGCACCAGUUGCACUGGGGUUUUGGGGCCUGUGCUGGUCUCUGGUCAUUGCCAACCCACUUCCUUCGACUAAUGCCCAUGGGAGUGUUGCUGAAGGUGGGAAAGGAACAAAGCCAAACCCAGAAUACUGCCUAGAUGGUUGGAGCUUUGACGCUAUUACCUUUGAUGACAAUAGUACCUUGCUGUUUUUUAAAGGGGAAUACGUGUGGAAGAGUCACAAAUGGGCCCCAGAGUUAAUCUCAGAGAGGUGGAAGAAUUCUACCACCCCCGUGGAUGCUGCAUUCCGCCGUGGUCACGACAGUGUCUUCCUGAUCAAGGGGGACAAAGUCUGGGUGUAUCCUCCUGAAAAGAAGGAGAAAGGAUAUCCAAAGCUGCUCCAAGAUGAAUUUCCUGGAAUCCCAUCCCCAGUGGAUGCAGCUGUGGAAUGUCAUCGGGGCGAAUGCCAAGAAGAAGGGGUCCUCUUCUUUCAAGGAAACCGCAAAUGGUUCUGGGACUUUGCUACGGGAAACAAAAAGGAGCGUUCCUGGCCAGCUGUGGGGAACUGCACAGCUGCCCUGCGGUGGAUUGGACGCUACUACUGCUUCCAGGGUAACAAAUUUCUGCGCUUUGACCCUGUCACGGGAGAGGUGCCUGCAGCAUACCCUCGGGAUGCUCGAGAUUACUUCGUAUCCUGCCCUGGCAGAGGCCAUGGAAUGCACAGGAAUAGAACUGCCCAUGGGAAUGGCACCCGCCAUGGCCCUCAGUACACACGCUGUAGUCCAGAUUUAGUCUUAUCUGCCUUGGUAUCUGACAACCAUGGAGCCACCUAUGCCUUUAGUGGGUCCCAUUACUGGCGUCUGGACACCAGCCGGGAUGGGUGGCACAGCUGGCCCAUUGUUCAUCUGUGGCCCCAGGGUCCUUCAACAGUGGAUGCUGCCUUUUCCUGGGAGGAUAAACUCUAUAUGAUCCAGGAUUCCCAGGUGUAUGUCUUCCUGACAAAGGGAGGCUAUCCCCUGGUGAGUGGCUAUCCAAAGCGGUUAGAGAAGGAAAUUGGAAGCCCUCAUGGAAUCAGCCUUCAGGCUGUGGAUGCAGCCUUUACCUGUCCUGGGUCUUCUCGGCUGUACAUCAUGGAAGGACGGCGGCUAUGGUGGCUGGACCUGAAGUCAGGAGCUCAAGCCACGUGGACAGAGCUUCCAUGGCCACAUGAGAAGGUUGAUGGGGCUCUAUGUACAGAAAAGUCCCUUGGCCCCAACUCAUGUUCUGCCAAUGGUCCUGGCUUGUACCUCAUCCAUGGCUCUAAUUUAUACUGCUACAGUGAUGUGGAGAAACUGACUGCAGCCAAGGCCCUUCCCCAGCCCCAGAGAGUGAAUAGCCUCCUGGGCUGCAGUCACUGAGGAGCUUUCUGACAAAAGUUUGGGCUCAGCCCCAUCUCCCCACUUUCCUCCCAAUAAAGCCAGAUUGCCUCUUCACUUGAA